AAUAAAAAAUAUUUCAUUGUGUUCCGUUGUCUCGUACAUUUAUUUCUAAAUUCAAAUAUUCAUUUACAUCGCUUUCUUUAUCCAAUUUCAUUAUGUUAUGUUGUCUCUUUUUGCAUGGAAAGUGGGAAUGGAGUGAAGCAAUUUUUGGUAGGGUAUUUUGAGGGUAGAAAGGAAGAGGGAUAUGUUGUGCUUGAAGAUCCAUUGUGGGAAUUCUAUGAUGCUUUGAGUGUUGGAUUGGGAGUGGGUGAUUUUUUGGACAUUGACUCGUUCUUUGAACUCACAACUCCUAUUGAUUCAGGUAGCAACCAAUUGAAUGAACAAGACAUGCCAAACAAUCAAAACGGCGCGCCACCCGCACCACCGCCGGGAGACGGCGGGAAUGGAAGCGGCAGCGGCGAUAAACCCCAAAAGAUCCCUCUUUCCGCGCAGAGAGAAAGGACGGGGAAGCUGAAGGUGAAGGACUUUGCAGGGUACCUCCAUCUCCCGAUAGAGGAAGCUGCCCGGAGAAUGAACAUCUGCCCGACGGUGAUGAAGAAGAUCUGCCGGCGAGACGGGCUGGUGCGGUGGCCCUACCGGAAGAUCAGAAGCAUCCAGAGGAAAAUCGCCGCCAGGUCCAAGGCCUUGUCCGGUGACGACCCCGACGAGCGCCGCCGCGCCCAUCUCGAAAUCCUUGACCUUCAGCAGCAGCUCGCCGCCAUUUCUCAAGCAUUCUUGGUGUGGAGUUUUCCGACAAUGGAGUCUACCAUAUACGAUGAUGUCUUUGCCUGGGACUUCUCUGAUGAGUUCCUUGGGCUCUUUGACUGGGCUGAGGAAGAUCCACUCUCUCUACUCAUCAACGACCAACCUCCAUUGUAUCCGGCAGACGAGGAGGUUUUGCCAUCUUCUAAUGGAGCUUGCAGCUUCAAAAGAGGAUCUAAAAAGGAUGGUGGAAACAAAAAGGGAGCAAAACAAAAGUUUGCAUUCAAAAUAAAGUCAGUUAUUGAAGUACUUGAUGAUGGCUACAAGUGGAGAAAGUAUGGCAAGAAGAUGGUGAAGAGCAGCCCGAAUCCGAGGAACUACUACAAGUGCUUGGUGAAUGGCUGCCCAGUGAAGAAGCGAGUUGAGCGGGAGAAAGAAGAUCCAAGAAAUGUGAUAACAACCUACGAGGGCACCCAUAACCAUGAAGCGGACUUCAUGUUGUGGCAAUGCACGAUCCAAGACUAUUUGGUCCAGCAAGGUCUUGAUUUAGCAUUGCAAGAUGAGAAGCCAAGUGAUAUGAAAGAAUCAGAGUGGAGUACAAUCCAGAAGAAGGCUGUCAGCACAAUUCGGUUGGCACUGUCCCCACAGAUUAAAGUGACAGUGCUGAAAGAGACAUCACCAAAGAAGCUGUGGGAAACGUUGGAGAGCAAGUGCUAUUACUGUGAAAAGUUGGGUCACACGAAGAACGGUUGUCCAGAACUCAAGGAGGACUUGCAGAUCCUAAAGGAGAAGAAGGACAAAUCGAAGGAAGCUUCUUUCGCAAAUGUGAUCACUUAUGAAGAUGAUCUCCUCUGAAGAUAAGAGUACUGCUGGACAGAAGAUUCUGCAGGAUGGGAGUAUCGCUGCAGAAAUCGCAAAUGAUGUAGGACUUUGAAUUAAGGGGAGAUUUGUUG